GGUAUCCUGCAGCAUUAGCGGGUCGCGCCGGAGUGGGGGGUGGAGGCGGAAGUGGCGGCGCCGGGCCCGGGGAGUAGGAAGGAGCCGGGGCUGCGGCCCGAGUGGAGCGGCUGCCAGCCGAGGAGCAGGCGCGGCCGCGUCGCCAUAUUGCGGCCCUAAGCGGCCGCGACCGAGUCAUGGCUGAGACCUACGACUUCCUCUUCAAAUUCCUGGUGAUUGGCAGCGCAGGAACGGGCAAAUCAUGUCUCCUUCAUCAGUUCAUUGAGAAUAAGUUCAAACAGGACUCCAACCACACAAUCGGCGUGGAGUUUGGAUCUCGGGUGGUCAACGUGGGUGGGAAGACCGUGAAACUACAGAUUUGGGACACAGCCGGCCAGGAGCGGUUUCGGUCGGUGACACGGAGUUACUACCGAGGGGCAGCUGGAGCCCUGCUGGUAUACGACAUCACCAGGUGGGUGCACGGAGCGGGCAGGGUGGGGCCAGGGCUGCUCCUCUCCUGCGCCUGCCUCCCUCCUGGUUCCCUUCUCCACAGCCGGGAGACGUACAACUCACUGGCCGCCUGGCUGACGGAUGCCCGCACCCUGGCCAGCCCCAAUAUCGUAGUCAUUCUCUGUGGCAACAAGAAGGACCUGGAUCCGGAGCGUGAGGUCACUUUCCUGGAGGCCUCCCGCUUUGCCCAGGAGAACGAGCUAAUGUUCCUGGAAACUAGUGCUCUCACGGGUGAGAACGUGGAGGAGGCUUUCCUGAAGUGUGCCCGCACCAUUCUGAACAAGAUCGACUCAGGUGAGCUUGACCCCGAGAGGAUGGGCUCUGGCAUUCAAUACGGUGAUGCCUCCCUUCGCCAGCUGCGGCAGCCUCGGAGUGCCCAGGCCGUGGCCCCUCAGCCCUGUGGCUGCUGAGACCUGCGGAGCCAGCUCACCUGUUCUUCAGGACCAGCCCUGUCUUUCCGGCUGGGGCCCAGACCCAGGCCCUGGGAGGCUGAGCCCCUCACCUGACCUGGCCCCGGAGAAGCUGCCCCGCCACCUGUUCCCCUUCCCUGGCCUGGUGGGGCCUGGCUGAGGGGCAAGACUGAGCCACGGGGGAAGGGGGAAUCCAUACCUGCUGCUGCUUCCUCUGUCUUGGCUAACCCCUGUUCCCCCUGAACCCCUAACCGUACUCAAAGAGUUCCCAAAGCCGGAGACCAGGGCCAUGUGGCUUCAGCUCCCCUGGCCCUGCCAUUGCGAGUAUGUUAUUUAUUACCUGGAGGCCUGUCUCGUCCCCACCCCACCCCCAUAAAGCAUUGUUUACACCUGUG